GCCAGCCAUGAGCGCGUGCUCGCGUUGAUAUCGGGCUGAAAUUUGCAGAUCACACCGCAAACAGCAUCGCAACCUUGACUUAUACAUCGCCUCGCCACGUUGCCAACGUAUCCGCGAACAACGAGUCAAAAUAGCUGCAAACACAAGUGUAGUAGGGCAAGCAUCAUCGACUGUGGCGGCGCAUUACUGCCUUAGGGACUCGUAACUAUGCUGAGAGGACUCCAGCUCGCCGCAUGCUGCACGGCACUACUGCAACAACCAUCGAUACGACAACCUACAGCGCAAAAGGUAGCGACGGUGGACCUCACGGACCUCCUCAGCACCUGCGUCGACGCCUGCGAGCGCGGCUGCGCCGAGAUCCGAAGGGUCGCGGCCCAGCUCGACCGUAAUAAUGAAGGCGGCGUCCGACAAGUCGACUACAAGAUCGCGGGCGACCCGCGGUCCGCGCUGACGGCGGCGGACCUCGCGGCGCAGCUUGCGGUGGUGGAGCCCCUCGCGACGGCGUGGCCCGGGCUGCGGAUUGUGGGAGAGGAGGACCUCGCCUGCGACGUGGGUGCGGCCGCCGACGGCGCGGUCUGCGCCUCGCCCCUCAUCGAGGUCCAGCCAGUACCAGUCCUGCGGCGCGAUCGCUGCGACGGUUUGAGGAAAUACGCCUCGAUAGCGCAGGAGGAACGGCGCGACAUCGUCGAGGCGUCUCUGGAGAGAGUGACGGUUUUUGUGGAUCCACUCGACGGGACGCGCGAGUUCGUCGAGGGGCGCCUGGAGAACGUCCAGUGUUUAGUGGGGGUGGCCGUCGACGGGCGCGCCGUCGCCGGUGCGGUGGGUCUGCCGUUCGGCGGCGAGGCCGGGGCUAGUGUGGUGGUCUACGGCCUCGUAGGCGCCGGCGUCGCGACGACCGGUCCGCGAUCCGUGGCCACGCGAACGAGUGCCAUGCGGCCGCUUGUCGCGGCCGGCGACACGGACGACGCGACGCUGCGUUCGGCGUACGCCGCGGCCCGCGGUACAACUGGAGAGAACGUGUUGGUGGGCGGCACGGGCACCAAAAUCCUCGCGGUCGUCGACGGCUUUGCCGACGUGGCCGUCAUGAACUUCAAGAGUUCGUCCUGGGACACGUGCGCGCCCGAGGCGGUCCUGCGCGCGGCCGGCGGGCGCCUGACGGACAUCUUCGGUGAAAACAUAGCGCACGUGCCGGAGCCGGCGGACCCGGCGGGCGUGGGCUACCUGAACGCGCUCGGCGCCGUCGCGACGGGGCCCGGCUUCGCGUCCGCCCACGACGCCGUCCGCGCGGCCAUGGUCCGGGACGCGGGCGCUACGAAAAAACUCGAGCCCUGGGGCGCGGACGUCGAGGCGGCGCUCGCGGCGCGGCGGGCGGCCCUCUUUCCUAGAUGAUAACAACUUACGCGUA